AUGCUGGACCUUCUCGGCUCCCUAUUCACUUGGAAAGCGGCGGCAAUCGCCCUCGCCCUCCUGAAUCUGAAGAACCUGCCUCUUGUAUGGCAUGUCCGCGUCUUCCGCUACUUCUUCGCCAACGGCUGGCACAACCCACCCCAUUUUGUUCCCAAGUUGCCAGCGAGCCAGAUAUUCGAACCUGCAAGCAUGACGAGUCGCGCCCCCUUCGCGGAGAUAGAUUACAACAUGCAUAAAUCCAAUUCCACCUAUUUCUCCGAUCUGGACGUGUCGAGGACGAAACUGAUGUGCGGGCUUACCGUCAAGGCAACGCGCAUUUUAGAACAACAGCUCGCCAAAGAAGGCAAGAAGAAUGGGAGGCUGGCGAUUAUCCUGGGGAGUGUGUAUACGGCGUUCAAGCGCGAGAUCCCGCCCUAUAUGAAGUACGAGGUGCGCUCGAAGGUGCUGGGCUGGGACCAGAAGUGGAUCUAUAUUGUGACGUGGUUCGUCAAACCGGCUCGCUCGGGAAAGAAGCAGACCGGCGACGGCGAAGAUUUCAUGAAAAAGAACCUCCUCGCCAUGUCGAUUAGCAAGUAUGUCGUCAAGAAGGGGCGGUAUACCGUCCCCCCCAAGGAUGUGUUUGAGGCGGCGGGGUAUGGACUGUUCGAAAAUGAGACAAAUGGAGUGAACGGCAGUGCAUCAGGGUGCAAUUUCAAUACCCAGAAGAAAAGCUCUGAUUCUGAUGACAUCUUCUGGUCCAGCGAGCGCCUGGACGAGGAGAGGCGCCGGGGCGUGGAGGUCGUGCAGCCAUUCAUUGAUGAGGAGGAUCGCUUGGUCCGCGAGUUUUUGCGCGAGGUCACGGCAUAG